AGCCUGAGCCAGGCAUGGAACAGCCUUGACCGGGCUUCCCGCGACGCGUCCGGACAAUGGGACGGGACAGGCCACCGGGGGCAGAUCAGAAGAAAUGGACAGUUAUAUUUUUUGGUGGGAUGCUAUUAGCAACCAAAUUUACAUUUGGAGCAAUGGAAAAGACCUGCAACUGCAGCACAGAUAUCAGUUUCCAGAAAUUUAGGACUAAAUUAGCUCCUGAGAUAUGUUGUUUGAAUUUCACGAGGACUACAAUCGAUACUUUGGAUUGGAGCAUCUUUUCUGGAACUGUAGGGUUGAAAGAGCUGUAUCUAUCAAACUGUGGUAUAUCACAUAUUAAGAAUGUAAGUGUUGAUUCUUUUAGCCUGGAAAUUCUGUACUUGGACCAUAACAAAUUAAAUUGGCUUCCUGAUAAUUUCCUGAGACAUGCACCUAGACUACGUGUUAUUCACUUGGAGAACAAUCAACUCCAGAAUUUAUCUGAGUCAUUUCUGGAAACAUCUAACCAAAUUCAGGAGAUCUACCUUGAUUUCAAUAACUUAUCUUCCCUUCCUUCUGGGAUUUUCAAACCUUCCCUCCUCACACUUGGUCUCUCUCACAACAGUUGGGAUUGCACUUGCAACUUUCUUGAACAUCUAGGAAAAUAUAUCCUUAGUUCAUUUGACAUUGUUUGUCACACCCCAGAACAUUACCAUGGCAUAAAUAUCAAAAACAUUUCCAAGGCAGAAUUGUGCCAGACUCAUAGACUCACAGCUCUGUUUAUUUGCUUACCUCUGGUUGCUGUUCUUGUCUUGGUCACCUGCUACUUCUGCAAGCGCAAAAAGAAGACAAAGAGAAAGACGGGCUAUGCUCUUCAUGAUAGAAAAGAAUGCCAGUUGGCUACAGUGGAGAACAAUGGAACCAAUAGAUCAGAUGAUCGUCAGUGCUCUAUUCCACCUAUUAUGCUUGCUCAUGGUGCUGCAGAGAGUGAAAACAACUUGUUGAGAAAUCAAAUUUUGCUUAAACCUUCAACUGCACUAUUAGAAAGCAGCAGAGAUCUUUCUGAGGAAGUGGAGAUUAAACUGGGGGUUUCUGAUGAUUCCUUGACAUGUAGAAAUCUCGACCAAGAAAAGUUGGGAACAACAAAACCAGUCAUGGAAGAGGAAGAGACUAUAGAUGAAGCAGAGACAUUGAGUGUAACAGAUGUUUUGAGAGAUUCAGCAGACCGUGAGAAGCUCUACAUGAACCAAUCAGUAGAUUAUUACAACCUUGUCCCCGGGAUUGAGUUGGAAGACUCAGACCACAUGGAGAAUGAGAAUGUUAAUCUUUGCUGAGGCUGCUUGUCGGAAGAAUAGGAUUUUAUUGUCCAUUAAAUUGAACUGUUGAUAUGGAGGAUCAAC